UGCUCCUGCAGACGUUCCCGGCACUGGCCGACCGGCGGGAGGACCUCCCCGCGCGCCCCGCACGCCUACUCCCGAGCGCCCCCCCUCCCUGAGCAGAGCACAGCGCCAGGAGUACGGAAGCAGGCGGGACAGUCUCCGAGUCCCUUACUCUGCCUCUCUCCAACCCAAGACAGGUCUUCCUGGCUCAACCCGAACAUGUUGGACGGCUUGAAGAUGGAAGAGAACUUUCAAAGUGCAAUUGAGACCUCGGCCUCCUUUUCCUCUUUGCUGGGCAGAGCGGUGAGUCCCAAGUCUGUCUGCGAGGGCUGUCAGCGGGUCAUCUCAGACAGGUUUCUGCUAAGGCUCAACGACAGCUUCUGGCAUGAGCAGUGCGUGCAGUGCGCCUCCUGCAAAGAGCCCCUGGAGACCACCUGCUUCUACCGGGACAAGAAGCUCUACUGCAAGUACCACUACGAGAAACUGUUUGCUGUCAAAUGUGGGGGCUGUUUCGAGGCCAUUGCACCCAACGAAUUUGUCAUGCGUGCCCAGAAGAGUGUGUAUCACCUGAGCUGCUUCUGCUGCUGUGUCUGUGAGCGACAGCUGCAGAAGGGUGAUGAGUUUGUCCUGAAGGAGGGCCAGCUUCUCUGCAAAGGGGACUAUGAGAAGGAGCGGGAGCUGCUGAGCCUGGUGAGCCCCGCAGCCUCAGACUCAGGCAAAAGUGAUGAUGAAGAGAGUCUUUGCAAGUCAGCCCACGGGGCAGGGAAAGGAGCAUCAGAGGACGGCAAGGACCAUAAGCGACCCAAACGUCCCAGAACCAUCUUGACCACUCAGCAGAGGAGAGCAUUCAAAGCCUCGUUUGAAGUAUCCUCCAAGCCCUGCAGAAAGGUGAGGGAGACGCUGGCUGCAGAGACAGGGCUGAGUGUCCGUGUGGUUCAGGUGUGGUUCCAGAAUCAGCGAGCCAAGAUGAAGAAGCUGGCCCGGCGGCAGCAGCAACAGCAACAGGAUCAACAGAACACCCAGAGGCUGAGUUCUGCUCAGACAAAUGGUAGUGGGAAUGCUGGCAUGGAAGGGAUCAUGAACCCCUAUACAACGUUGCCAACCCCACAGCAGUUGCUGGCCAUUGAACAGAGCGUCUACAACUCUGACCCCUUCCGGCAGGGUCUUACCCCACCCCAGAUGCCUGGAGAUCACAUGCACCCCUAUGGUGCUGAACCUCUUUUCCAUGACCUGGAUAGUGACGAUACAUCUCUCAGUAACCUGGGUGACUGCUUCCUGGCAACUUCCGAGGCUGGACCCCUGCAGUCCAGAGUGGGAAACCCCAUUGACCAUCUGUAUUCCAUGCAGAAUUCCUAUUUCACCUCUUGAGUCUCCUAGAAUUUUGUGGCUGGGCUCCCAUAUGGAACAACCAUACUGUGUAAGAGGUUGCUGACUUUAGGAUGGGGAGGCCAGAGAAAAGGUGGGCUGGGGAGGGAGGUUUGUUGGGGAUGCUGUUGUUUAAUUAUAUGGUGUAGCUCAGCAUUUCCAAAGACUGAAUACAUUAUGGAUCACAUAGUUUAAUGUUUCUAAUAAGAAUCUUAGUGUUAGAUAUGAAGAUGUGUUUAUCAUUAAGGACAGGGUCUUUUAAUAUAGACAUUCUCAAGCAAACUAGAUACCUAGGGACUCCUAACAGCUUCCCACCAUUCUGGAGAAGUGCUUGUCAAGAGGUGCUGUAUAUCUAUUCAUCUACACACCAAUGGACAGACAGAUAGGUGUGUGUGUGUGUGUGUGUGUGUGUGUAACCUUUCAUACUUUAUCAUCAAAGUUUAUUCCUAAUUAUAACAGACACCAACUGUACAGCAAAAGUAACUUUAUUUUCAGUGUGAACUAUAUUUAAGGAAAUGCUUGAUGCACUUAAGUUAUAAAAUGAGAUAAUUUACUUUUAUAAACUUUAUUUUUAGUUUGGAGAGACUCAUCGGCAGGGCAGAGAGGGCUGCUCCACCUGGCCCCACAGCUUUGAGUGCUUGAGUUCGUUCUGUGAUCAGAGUAUCAUUGAGGUCUAGAAAAACAACUCCAGAUGGGAGGCAGCAUGCUAUAGUGAACUCCUGCUCACUCUGGUGUCAAGUCACUGGGC